GAAAUCCAUAUAAUGAAAGCUUGCCUGUUACAUAGAAACGACUCUGUAAUAGCAAUUGCAGCAAGUGGCUGGAACAGUCAAAGCUUGUUUGCCACAUUGUUUCUGUAUGACUGGAAGACAGGGGACACAACCAGAUAUAACAUUCCGUUAUUGGAGCAGCAGUUUCAGUUACAAUCUCCUUCACAGAUUGAGCUGUGCUCAGUCACGGCAUCAGAGCUUGACAUUGCAGUCUCCUCAGAUACACAGUAUAUCAUUGGACAGGUGCUGUUUGAUAAUUCCUUGAAGUCUGUCAAGUCUCUGACAGUGUCUGAGGUUCAGCGUGGCAAGUUGCUUAGUUUUGUCAGAGUCAGUGGUCAAGUAUCAGCAAAUGUAAGCCUCACUGCCGACCAGGAAAUAGCAAUUUGGAACAUGAAGCUCGGCUCUGCUGUGAAAAAAAUAAACAUUCAGUCACCUUUACCCUGCUUGACCAGACUUGUGAAAGCUGCAUCACAUAAGGGCAUUCUUCUACUGGACACAGUUUGGAGGGUGGAUGAUGGUGAUUGUGGCGGUCUAAUUGCUGUAAACACUUUGACUGGCUACAUUAGGAAAAUGGUGACAUUUUCAGUCCCAAACAACAGCUGGAGAAGAAUUGAAAGUGCUCAGAGUGAGGCAUCCUAUGUGACAGCAGUCAGUGACAAGGGUUCUCUGUCUAUAUGGAACAGACAGAGUGGAGCACUUCUUGGCUACACUAAAUCCAAGACCACAACAUGUGCUUCUGUAGUCACUGAGGCCAAGUACUUAAUUGUGGGGGACAUACAUGGAUGUCUGCAUAUCUAUAGUACAUGA